AUGAGGAGGGCCAAGUGGACUCCAAGCCAGGAGUCCACCGUGUGCUCGAACCACUUUGAAGCAGAGUGUUUAGGCGCAUUGGCCAGAGAACCAGAAGUCGCCGAGCCUGUUGAGAAAUGCAAGCCUCCAAAGCCUAGAAGCAGUGAAGACAAAACUAGACUUCCUAGCACAUCAACAACUCCAUCACUCAUCAUGGCUGAUCCCCCAGAUGAAAUUCCGCCAUUCGACAAAUACAUCUGGGAACAGGUCGGGAUCCUGAUCGGGACAUCUAUCUCGGCAGUCAUCUGGACAUUAUUUAUGGCAGUAAUUCUCACCAUUCCCAUUUCAAUGAUCGCAAUUGGAGCCGUAUAUCUGGACGACUGCCCUGCAGAAAGACUCAUCCCUAUCUAUAUGAUCACCAUGGGGGCGGCGCACAUAGUAAAGACCUUGAUCAAUCUGAAGUGGAGGACUCAGCGCUCUAGACUUCCUCAAGAAGAACAGGCCGACUUCAAACGCAACAAAGUGGAGAGUGGAAUCAGCCAUCUCAUCGCAGUAUUCUGCUUCGCAUAUUUUAUCGCCGGAAAUGUAUGGAUCUAUCGGAUCUACAAGCCCAACACCACGGUCAGAUCUGCUGCUGAUUACUGCCACCCGACGCUCUAUUACUUCGCAUUCUGGGUGACCACUGCCUGGUACAUCAUGGCGGUUUUAUACUGUUUCUACAAGUGCUGUACCGGCUGCCUGGCCUACUGCGGCGUCACGGCCUCGGGUGACGGCGUCACGGCCACGGAUGACGGCGUCACGGCCACGGAUGACGGCGUCAUAGCCACGGCCACGCCGGCGCAAACGCUUAAAAUAGAGACAUCCCCGUAGAUGGUUCUUAGAUGAUAAGGACGACGAUGAUAAUGAUGAUGACGAAGAUGAUAGAUGAUGAUGUUAUUGACGGUGAUGACGACGAUGAUUCCUGCACAUAAUUUGUAUCAUUGUGGCACCAUACUUAUACAUUUUUGUGUGUCCAUGUUUAUUGGUGUAGUACCCAUAGACCCGUGUACCCUCCCUGUUUGAAGGGCGACUCAAUCAGUACUCCGUGUAGUGCGUCGCUCAUGUCUCAUGGUGCUACCCAGUUAUUCCCAAACCCUUUGAUUUAUCAACAUUUCUGGAUAUACCGUUGGUUCUCUAUAGUGUACCCACUUCCUUGUAAACUUUUCAAAAUGAGGCAUGCACCUCUGGUAUUAUUCUAAGUUUGAUUAAAAUGUUUGUUAUGUGUUUCCUUUCGAAGGGGGGGGGGGGGCAUAUGCCGUUUUACCAAAUGCUGCAUAUGCCACUGAUAAUUAUAUAAAUAAAUUUAUUGUC